CUCUAUAUUGAUCUAGAGUAUAUUUUAUUUAUAAAUCUUAUUUUUAUUAUUAUUAACAUUUUUUAUAAAUUUAACUUUUAAUUUAUUUAAAUAAAUAAUUUUUAUUAUAGAAAUUAUCACUAUUAUUCAUUGAUUUUUAUUAAAGCAAAGAUUUUUUAGCUAUUUUAACUUAAUUAUCUAUUCAAUUUUUAUUUAUUUAUUAUUCAUUUUUAUAAUUUGAUAUUUUUUGUUCAUUUUUUGCUAUUAAAACUUCCCCUUAAUAAAAGCAGUUUAUUAGUUUUGGAUUGUUUUAUUUUUAAUUAUUUAAGUUAAUUUAAAACAUUAAAGCUCAUUUAAUUUAUUUGA